AAAAGGACGUCAUUCAAUCUAGUGACAAUCUGGAGUUAUGUCCUUUUCGAUCGAGACUGACGGUAUUUGUGGAUUGUGUAAUUUAUGAUACCAAUUGAGUUACAAUGAGACAUAGAUUUUUACUCCUAUAUGGAUCUGUAAUCACAUUCAUGAAUCACUCACAUAUUUUAUCUGCGGUACACAGCCCGCUGUGAUAGUUUAAGUUUGUGUGUUUAAUAAACAGGGAUUUAUAACAGACAUUCUCAACAAGAUAAUAAAAACAUGAAAAGUCUAUUUAACACAUAUGAUAUUUUGUUAUUUACAGAAAACUGUUUAGGUAAAAAUUUUAAUCCGCAUGUAAACGGCUUAUGUGCUUUUAUCCUAAAUAUAACUUUAAAAAGUGCAAACCGGAAUAGCGGUGGACUUAUAAUAUAGUGUUUAAAUGGUGUUUAACUUUUGAAACAGGAAGAUGAUAGUAUUAUUUGGAUAACAAUCAACGAUACAAAAGUUGCUUGUGUGCUGAUAUAAUCUAGAGACAUUUUACAGCUAGUGAAAAUUGAUUCAAUGUUAACAUGACUGCUAAGUUACUGAACGAUUCGAAAGUGUCAAACAGCAAUGAGGAAUCAUUUUCACACCUAGUGGAACAAAAGGUGUUGUCACUUCGAAGGAAUAUAAUCUCAGAGAGGGCCGAUAAGAUAGCUGAUGUCGUGUACAGAAGCGUGAAUGUUAUCUUGGACAAAGUCAGUGAGCUUGAGCCUCGUUUUACUGUGUCGGAGAUACUAAAAGUGGGAAGUUAUUUUGAAGGAACAAAGAUAGACAAAAUAGAUGAGUUCGAUUUCCUUGUUGUAAUUAAAGAGCUGUCCAAACCAGGAGCAAUUCACCUCAAUAAGAUACCAGACGUUUUUGAUGAAGGAUAUCUUAUAUAUACAGCUGAACCUGGUAUGGUACAGAUAAAAUUACAAGACGAUGAUCUGAAAAUUAAGUGGAGAAAGUACGUGGUCGAUGACUUCCUGACAGGUUUUCAUCAUCCUACAGAUAUUCACAAAAGGCGUCAAGGAUUUGGUUCAUUGAUCCUAGAAUCCAUCAAGAUAUUUGCCAAGACCCAGCAUGAGUGGAGAAACUUAUUUUUUGAACCGGGGGUAAAUAUGUUUUUCAAUCGGGGUGGCCUUACGCUGCUUUCAAUUAGUGAUUCUGAAAGGGUUAUUCUGAAGACGGCAGAAGUACACCAUCCCAAUACAGUGCUUGAACUGAAAUAUGACGGCUCUAGGAUAAGCGUGGAUCUUUCUCCCGCUAUACGAUACGACCGUGUAGAAGAUUGCUUCGAAGCUGGGGACUGUGUUGACGAAAGAUUAGCAGCAGCCGUACUUGACCGAGGAUCGAUCCUGCUUGUUGCCAAACAAGGCAAUUAUUUCCGAAUCACAUUUACCGAGACAGAAGUUAAAUUCAUGCGUGAUAAGAUACACGGGGUUCAUAAAUUGAUAUACAUGUAUCUCAAAUACAUAAAAUGCCUGUAUGCAAAACAGGCGUCCCAACCCGACGUCCACCCAUUUUCGUCCUACAUGUUGAAGAUGGUCUGCAUUCAUCAUGAUAUGCGUUGUACAAGUGAAAACAAAACUGUAUCCAAAUGUCUGGACGAAGUGCUGGAUUUAAUGGCAGAUUAUUGUGAAAAGGAUGACCUUCCAAAUGUGUUCAAUACGAGGCUCACAUACCUGGAUAUCCGUGAUACAGAAUCUGAGUACAGGUUAUGCAUGCUGGACGGUUUGAGGAAGAUUAAAGAAUUGGCGGUAGAGAACCCUACUGAGGCUUAUUUCAACGAGGUUAUUAAGGAUGUAGUCGAGCAGUCUGCAAACACAUUUGAUGUAACCCGGGAAAUGAGGUUUAAGAAAGCAGACCGAGCAGAGAGGCGAUUCAGGGCGGAAUGUGAGCGCUUGCGUAAAGUGAAUGAGUCAGAAACGUCUAAAGAUUGCUUGCCAGGGAGUAUGUUAAGCCAAAGAGAGACUGAUGUGUUGCAGACAGUUACGUGUGAGCCCCGACUGGCCCAUUAGCCAUUCGCGUGGCAACUUGGCAUCUAAAAAAGAUGCCUCAGGGAUUUGAUCCAGUGUAGGGAUUUGAUCCAGUUGACGAUGACCUUCUUCCCCUAUAUUAACAAAAACAACAACGACGACGAUGCCAUCAUCAUAAACAACAACGAAACAGAGUUGCUGUCAAUCGUUAGCGAGUCCGACUUGAAAUAUAGGGUCCCUGCUUUCGAACCACGGCUCGGCCAAUAUUCUUUUCGACACUUGAUGAAGUCAGUGUGACAUGAUGUCUUCGUCUCAUACCACGGAACGGAAAGGGAGCUAUUCAAGGAAGCUCUUGAUGUGCCACAAUCCGAUGAGAUUUAACCUUUUAAUAAAUCUGUGUAUUGUG